AUGACUGCUCAGUCUCAAGAAGAACUCCUCGCUGCUCAUCUUGAACAACAAGAACUCACCCAUGAUGAGCCUACUGUUGAGGAUGAAGAUGAUGAGGAUGAAUCUGAUGAGGAUGACGAUAAUGAUGACAAGGAUGAUGAAGGGAAAGGAGAUGUGAGUGGUCGGGGUAAGCAGAGCAGAAGUGAAAAGAAGAGUCGCAAGGCAAUGUUGAAACUUGGAAUGAAACCACUCCCAGGUGUCAGCCGAGUUACAGUCAAAAAGAGCAAGAAUAUCAUGUUCGUUAUCUCAAAACCUGAUGUUUUCAAGAGUCCCACUUCAGACACAUAUAUUGUCUUUGGGGAAGCAAAGGUCGAGGAUUUGAGCUCACAGCUACAGACCCAGGCUGCAGAGCAGUUCAAGGCACCUAAUCCAAGUACAGCCGUAUCACAGCCUGAGUCAUCGUCCUUGGCUCAAGAUGAUGAAGAUGUAGACGAGACUGGUGUGGAGCCCAAGGACAUUGAGUUGGUGAUGAUGCAAGCCGGGGUUUCCAGAUCAAAGGCUGUGAAAGCUCUCAAGGCAGCAGAUGGUGAUAUCGUCACUGCCAUCAUGGAAUUAACAAACUGA